CAAGGGAGCAGAGGAGGCGGAGAGCUGGGGCAUGAGACAAUUCACACACAGACUGCUCUUUUACAGUCAGAUUUUCUUCUGGGAUCGGAACCAACAAAAAGGGAGAGAGGGGAAAAAGCAAGAACAAACCACUAAUCGCUCACCGCUGGGAGAGAUCUUCUUAUCUCACUGCACUGCAAAGAUGUGCUGAGAAAAGAAGGGAGGCGGGAGAGGUGAAAUCUGUGAGUGGGUGACAAGGAAGACCCCAUUUCUGUAUCUCCAGACAGGUGUCAUUGCACAGGAGAGAGGAUUGCAACUUCCUUUUCCCGCUGGAGAAGGCAAAGGUAAAGGAAGGGACCUGGUGGAAGAAAAAAGAGUUGGGCCGCUUACAGUCACUUCAUCCUCUGGGCAGAGCAGAGAGAAGGAGGUUUGUCCACAACUUGGGGGUUUCAGGAUGAAGAGACCCUGCCAGGAGGAGAGCUUAUCAGACACAGGCAUGGAUCCUCAUGGGACCAUUGUGGUGGGAAAAGAGGAGGAGAAGGAAGAGGAAUGCAGCAGGUCUGCAUCUCCCACAACAAUAUCCCAGGCACAAGCAAGAAAGAAGCGGAGAGGGGUAAUUGAGAAACGGCGCAGGGACCGUAUUAAUAGCAGCCUGUCUGAGCUGCGGCACUUGCUUCCGACUGCCUUUGAGAAGCAGGGCUCUUCUAAACUGGAAAAAGCAGAGAUUUUGCAGAUGACAGUAGAUCACUUAAAAAUGCUUCAUGCCAUUGAGGGCACAGGGUUCUUAGACGCUCGAGCACUGGCAGUGGAUUACAGGGCGCUAGGUUUCCGUGAAUGCCUUACUGAAGUGGUGAGAUACUUGGGCACCUUCAAGGGUAAGAGCAGCACCGAUCCUCUCCAGCUACGACUCCUCUCCCACCUGAACAACUGUGUGGCUGAAAUGGAGCCCCCUCCUCUUGCCACCUCGUCCCUCUUGCCCUUUCAGCUCUGGCCUCGGGCGCUUCUCCAUAAAUUCACCCAACUGCCUCUCCCCAGGAGGGAGUGCACAUCUGGCUUAGCUGUCCUGGCUGCUUCAUCAGUUGUCUAUCCAGGCCCCAUGCUGAGAGCAGCUCCUGUUUGCCAGAUCCCAAAUGCUCUCACAGCAGUCUGCCCUAGCACCCUGUUGAGUAGAACUGCAUCACCCCAAAUGGGUAAGCCCCUGCUGGAGGCAUCAAGUACCCCCAGUAUUGCAUCAGGCGAGAGGAUGAGGGAGGUGGCUGCAGCUUCCAGGAGCAGCCAGUAUGCAGCAUUUCUGUUCUCUUCCUCCUCUUUUUCGGCUCGAGGUCCAGUAGCACCAGUUGACGUGUCUCCUCAUGUUCUGAACCCUUCUGCUCAAGGACCAGGAAACAAAAACCGGGCCACUGCUAGACUCUGCCACUCCUGGACUACAGAAAUUGGAGCUUUCUGAUCCUUUCUCCAACAGAGACUAAAUUUGCUUGAACAAAAACAAAAUGAAGCUAAACUCAGCACCGAUCCCUGCUUUGCAUAUACAGUACUAAGAGAACUUUUCCAGGCACUUUGUUUAUUGUGUUGGGGACAUAUUGUCUUUGCAAGGAAAAUGAUGUUUUCCCCUCACCUACCAUGCUUUUAAUUUCAAUUGGGAGUGCUCUCCCUGGCCCAUAAUUGGCAAGAGUCAGGAGCAUAUAGUGGCUAGUGCUUGGACAAUAUGCACCUUCCCUCCUUUUCUUUUUCUAAAAACACCUGUUUAAUUUUUUAUGUUUGUUAGGGCAUGUAUACACUAUGUGAUAAUGUGCACUCAGUGCUUGAUACAAGUGCCUUUUUGGGAUGCUAUACACACAAUGUCAUCCCCAUGUUGUCCAUGUUCCACACUAUUUGUUGAUCUAAAGCACAUUCUGAUGGAAUGGUUAUAAUCUGUUUUGUGCUGAGGAUGUAGUUCUCACGCACGUCCUGCAUACAUGUGUACAUUCAGAGAGGGCUUUCUCAGGACACCUUCUAUUGGGGCAGACGCUGCAGGGCUGUGCCACUCCGCCUCUCCAUGUUUAACUUGUCUGUGUAUGAAAUAGGCAAAAUAGGAAGCAGUACAGUAACUACCACCUCUGUAUAUCGAUAUAUAUCCCUGCAUAAGUAUAUCAGCACACCAGUUUCCAGUCCUUCUCUUUCGAAAGACUGCAAAAAAAAAUGAAACAAAAAGGUUUGUGAAAACCCAAUUGAGGGGAGGGGAGUUUGAAAACAGAUCCAUCUGAGUGUAGACAACACAAAUAGUAGCUGUUGCUUUAGGUGACAUUCUUGCACAAAGGUGUGCACAACUACAAAAGCACACUCUGGAAAAAAUUACCCCUGUGAGUUUCAAGCCUACAUAUGCUCACAGCCUUAAAGGCUGAGCUAUUAGAGAUGGAAGGAUCUGUCAAUUUCAGUUAUCUCAGUUUCUAUUUUUUCUAAUCUUAAAUUCAGUUCUCCACAUUUCUGCAGCAAUUUGCGAAUUUUUUAAAAAAGAAAUUCCUCAUGAAAAUCCUUCAGCAUUUUAGUACGAAUUUCUCUUAAUAAAUAUAAGAGAACAUAUGCAGUUUUGACUAAUGUACACAUUUUUGCAAGGAAUUUAUCCUAAUAUAAUGAAUUUUUGUAUGUUAUUUUCACCAGUACAUAUUUUAUGCACACUUUCCUCUAUUAUAUGCAUUUUUGUAAACACUGCUUGGUUGGAGAACUACAUCACAAAAUUUGGGUAAGUGCAAUUUUGAAGAAUGACUGUGUUUCGGUCCUCAUGUUGUUUUGGAAACUGCAAAUAUGAUAAAUUCGGUUUAAAUGCAAACAAUCAAAUUUCUCCCCUUGUUUUUAAUGUUUUUAAUUGUUGUAAACCGCCCAGAGAGCUUUGGCUAUGUGGCGGUAUACAAAUGCAAUAAAUAAAUAAAUAAAUAAAUAAAUAAAU